AUGUCCUCCUUCCCUUGUUCUGGUCCUGGCUGCAGCUUUGUACCUCCUGUCUCCUGCAGCCCCCUAGGCCGGCAUCAUGAUACCAUCCACUUUCAUCAACUGCUAUGUCCAGACCCCUCCUGUGAGGUGUGUAAUAGCACAACUGCUGAGAUCAAUCGGCUGCUGUUCCCGCAGGCCCUGGAAGAUGCUACUCCCUUGGCUUCCACAGCCCCUGUGACUUCCUCAUCGUUCACUCUCUCCCCUGACUCCUCAGCAGUCCCUCCAGGAGACCUAAUAUCAGCUUCUCUGCCUGAGCCUUCCCCACCACCUGCCUCCAUCUUCUCACCUAACCCAGUGACCCCCUUGGCUGACUUUUUUCCACCCUCACCACCGGGUGAUUCUUUGCCACCAGAGUCUUUUCCUCCCUUGGAUUCCGAAUUCCCAAAGGACAAUUUCCCACCCCAGUCCCUUGCCUUUCCUCCAAUCCCACCAAAUGAUGCUCAGACAGUGGAUCCUGUUGUCCAUCCAGAGGCCACUUUGUCUCUAAAUACUGAGACCUUUGCUUGUCAUAAUGCACCACCAACCCUGUCUGUUUCACCACCGCCAGACUGCAGUUUAACUAUGACUCAAUCUAAAUCGAUUUCCAUCUCAAUGAAGCCUGUUCCAGAGAUCUCAUCUCCAGAUAGCUCUGGUGGGUUGCCUACUUAUGUCCCGACAAUCAUGGGCAUUAAUGCCUCCAGAUUGUCAAUUUUAGACUUCCCUUGGUGGCAAACUCAUGCCAAAGACUUCUGCCCUUCAACCUUGGCUCCAUAUAAUGUUCAUCACGAGUUGCUGGCCCUCCAUUCUGCAGAGGCUUCUUCCAGGGGAGACCCUGCAGCCAAGCUUGUGGAGCCUGCUAACCUCUCACUUCUCAGCCCUGAUGUCCUGGCACUCCUAGAGAAACAAGUCCAAAAGAGGAGUGACUUCUGGAUGUGGAAGGAAAUGAAAAAGGGUUCUGUUCCAAAACAAACAACUGCUGAUAAACAUGACUUGGCAGUCCCCCUUCCUUUCUGGAGCAGCAAAGACCAAUCAAAGGAGCUGCAUGCGCAUCGGCAGCCCCCAUAUCCUACAACCACCUUAAAGGAGGGCCAUUUACAGCAAACCCCUAUCCAGCUCUUCUGGGGUCUCCCAACUCUGCAUAGUGAGUCCUUGUUCUCUGCUGCCCAUGUCUUGGACAAUUGUUCUUCCAUCUUUAUUUUUAACAGAAUCUCGAAUGCCUCCACAGAGCAGGAAUCCCCAGUAGUUCCCCAUCCUCUUCCUCUGUGCUUGCCUGAGAACCAGCCCCAACCCCAGCCCCUACCUAUCCCUCAGGUCCAGCCCCAGGCCCACCUUCAGUCCCCACUCCCAAUCCUGCCAUCUGGUCCUCUAACCCAGAUUAAGGUCUGUGGAGUGUGUUUUCACAGACCUGAGAAGGAAUCAGAGUGUCUCCUAUCAACUGAAAUGCAACAGCUGGAAUGGAACGUGUUGCAGAAGAAACAGGAAACUGUGUGGGGUUUACCCGCUGUUGUCCAAAGAUCCCAGGAGGACUUCUGUCCUUCAGCUCCUAACCCUUCUCUUAAUCACCGGGCCUCCCAGGCCCGUGUUGCAAUCUCUAUCCUUCCUGGGCAGUUUCCUCUCACUGAUGAGCUUCGAACAAAACUAGAGCGUCACCUUCGAAAGAGGCUCAUCCAACACCGGUGGGGCCUGUCCCGCAGGAUCUAUAAGUCUCUAUCACUGAUGAGUCCAAGUAUUUUUUCAGAGACCCCUAACUUGCAGCGCUAUCGUGGACGCACAUGGAUCUCUAAGAGGGAGAGUAAAUUGAGCGAAUCUGAAAGCUCUGAGGGGGACUCAGAAAUGAUUCAGCUAGAGGACGAUGACCUGGAGAAGGAUAACGAUGACCUGGAGAAGGAUCAGGGACACAACCCAGAGAAUGGCUCAAAAGAUUAUCUGUUGAGUGACCCAGAGAGCUCUUCAGGUAAUGAUAUGGGGUAUGAUUCUGAAAAAGAACUUAGGAGCCCACCAGAGAAAAACUCAACACUGUCUGUGGAGACUUUAGGUCAGAGACAACUUGAAAAUGUCUUGGAAAUACAUUUGAGCAAAAAGUUUGAGGAAAUCAAUGAGGGUCAGCUCCCCGGGACUGUGCAUAAUUCAUGGCAUAGUAUGAAGCAGACAUCGCUUCUUUCUGAGAACUCCCACACUGAAAUAAAACAGAGAAGUUUGCCACCAUCAGAGGUUCAGGACUACUCCCUGAAUACCUUCCAGGAGCUUCCCUUUAUUAAAUCUAGUGCACAACAGAUGCUGGAAGGCCAUAUUAAAAAGUUUCAUAUGAGGAUGACGUGGGGCCUUCCCCCCAGGGUCCUUGAAUCCAUAGAGCUCUUUAAACUGAUAAAGGACACAUCCCAUUCUAGCUUUUCCUCCUCAACCAACCUGAUUUCUGAGGUGAAUUCCAAACCUGGGGGCUUCAACUCCCUUAGAGGCAGCUCUAAAUCUCUCCAUGGAGACAAAGUGGGAACAGCAAAUUCAGCCCCCAUCCUGGAUCAUCCUCUCCCUGCCGCCUCAACUGUGGGCAAGGAAGAACAGAGAAUUCCGAGGCAAUCACCCUCUGCUUUCAACCAUGAGUUUGUAGAGGAUGUUCAGAAGAUUAAGGAUGGCACACAGACUCUUACACCUGUCAAACAUGACACCAGAGGCAACAGAUGGCCCCCAAAGCUGCCUGCAAGGCAAGCUGGGGCCAGACAUGAGCCAAAGGAUAAGAGUGCAAAUUCUAGAGGUAGAGGAGGAAUGCAACAGGGCAAAAAGAAGAAUCUAGAACCUGUCGUUGUGCCCACAGUGUCCAGGGAGAUAUUCAGGGCCAAGCAACUUGAUGCUCAUCAAUCACAAUCUAAUACCUUGACAACCAGCAUGCCAGUAAGCUCCCAAAUCAUAAAGGUGAAUGAUAAUAAAGUCAAAACUACCAUCCCCAUUAAAAGCCCCCCACCAAACCUAUCAAUUCCCCAAGAUCCUAAAUCCUCAAACCUUAAAGAACAACUGUUGUAUGAGUUAAAGUUUAAACUGGAAAACAGAGAGCAUAGCCGGGCCCAAGCCCAACGCACUGGCCUGCCCCCUGCCUCAGAGAGUUUGACUUACAAGGCCUCACUGACUCAUGCCCAAGGUGUCUCCAGUGGGGACAUGGGAGCUUCUCAGGUGCUGCAUGUCCAUCCAGAGGACACUAGAAUUAGUAUGGAACAACAGCAGAAGCCUUGGGUCCCUAAGCAUGUCUUAAGGAAGUGCCAGAAUAAUAAUCUCCCACCAGCUGCGGUGACCAUGAGCCCUCCGGGCUCCAAGGCACAAGAGCUUGGUGGAGGGGAUGCAGGACUGGGGACAUCCCAACUUAAAAGGAACAGUUUCCCUACUGAGGAUGUGGCAUUGAAGAAGAGGUUCCCUACUCAGGACGUGCUACUGAAGGAAAAGCUGGGAAGCAAGCCUUCCCAGGCCCUAUCACAGAAGGGUCAGCCACCUCCUGAAAGCCUUUCCCAGAAGGGUCAGCCUCCUCCUGAAAGCCCUUUCAGAAAAAAAAUGAAGCAUUUUUUGCAAUGGCUUAAUCCAGGGAUAAAAUGCAAGAGGCAAGAAAACUCCCAGGAGAAGGGCAGCCCUCUAUCAUCUGUGGAAAGCAGAGGCCUACUUAAAGGUAGAACUGCCUUUACUGGGACAACCAAAGUUCAGAAAAUCAUGACAGACGUUGAGAAGUUCCUAAAAGAGAAAGGGCGUUGGCAUGCAAUAGAUAGCACCUGCCCUCAACAGCCCAUUCCCUUCCCAACCAAGUAUGGGAAAACUCAGCAGGAAGCACAAGUGCAGGCCCAGGCACAGCCUGUCCAGGGGUAUCCUUUCAACUACAGGGCUCCCUCCUGUAAGGUGACAAAUACCAAGUCCUGCCACCAACAAGCUGUCUUUGCUGGCCAAGGCCAUACUGGAAGUAUUAGACAGAUCAGAGACAAGGACAGACAGCCCCAGAAAGCUGUGGCAUUUAAGGACCAGCGACUGCAUAACAAGUAUCCCCUAUCCACGCCCCACAGGGAGCCUGCACCCCACCCACACGCCACCUGCAGGCAUCAAGCUGGCCAGGGGGCCUCCGGCCACUCUCACCACUGCCGAAGGCACUGUGUUCAGAGAUCUGCCUCUACUAUUUAG